AUCUGUAUAUCCUACUAGACAAUAAUGCACGAACUGAUCGCAUAUUCGAUUUUUAACCUUGUUCUUGAUGUAACUCAAAGUAGAAAGACUCUUUUAACUAUUGUCCUGUAACCAUGAAAUCAAUUCAAAUUAAGGAUAACCCGUAAUUAGUUAAUUCUUAGAUUUUGAAAAUAAUUGGGGAUAAGAAAUAAUGUUUUUACUAUUUUAUAGUGUUUAAAAUAGAACAAGAAACGAGUUGAAACCUAGAGAAUAUGUUUAACAAUAGUAGUGUUCUAAGUUUGAAUAAUACAAAGUACCAAUUAUAUUUUUUUAAUCAUACACAAAUUACUACCGAGAUUAGGAUAAUCAUUUUUUUUAAAUUUAAGGGUGUCCCGGAUUACCGAUUAUAAUUUUUUUAUCCAUACGAAACUAUUAUUUGAAGUUGGAUAAUCGUUAUCCCAAAUUUUAGGGGUGUCCCUAAUGAUCCAUGUAUCCGCCACUGGCUAAUGGUAAUAAUAGGUCGUGUGAUGAUACCUGACUAGUGAACUGAGAAGCUCACACUGCAAUCAUUAGGUAAUUCACAGUUUAGAUCAGAAUCACCUCCCCGAAAAUGGUGGCGAAAAAGAUAGGGAUGAUGGUUUGGGUUAGAUUAUCUAAAAUGAUAGGCAAACAUCAGGUUCUUUUGAAUUUCUGCUAAUUUAUAAAAUCUAGGUACUUGGUUAAAGUUUGGGGCUCAAGAGAAACACUGAUUGCUUGCUAGAAAUCAGUUGCAUUGUUGAAUCAUGUGAUAGGAACAGAAGUAUAUCAAUAUCCCACCGGUUGUCUUCUUCCUCACUGUUGCAUGUAUCCCUGUCAACCUUGACAUGCUGCAUCAAGCCCUUUAUUUAGUUUAGGUUGUGCUUUAGACUGUUAAAACCUGAGCUUGCACACUUGUUCAAUCUGUUGUGCUGUUCAAAGCUUACACUGUUCUCUCUUUGGGAUUCAGGCAGUACUACUGGUAAGUGGGUUAAGGUGUCCCAGCCAGUCAAGCUUCAAAAAGGAUACAAUGAUGUAGUGCUGUUAUCUCAGACUAUGGGUUUGCAGGUAAAAGUCCAGUAUGCAUGGCAGUAUGAAGGUCUUCAAGUUGUGCCUUACAUCUGCAUUUCUUAGUAACUACCUCAGUGCUUCAUUUUGAAGGAGAUCUAAAAUGAAGUGUACCGAUCUGAGUUGUUUAUUUGAUUGAAUGAAACAGAAUUAUGGUGCCUUCUUAGAGAGAGAUGGAGCAGGAUUUAGAGGAAAAACUAAGAUUACUGGAUUUAAAGAUGGAGAUAUAGACCUCUCAAGCUUGUUCUGGACUCACCAGGUUUAUUAACUAUUUUGCUCUAGAUUUGUCCAGCUGCUUCAUCUUUUUCAUCGUCAGUACAAAAUCAUGCAUCCUGCUAGAUGUUCCUGCAACCUCUCUCUCUCUCUCAAUUGUUAUGUUUUCCCUCACCUCAAUGAAAAGCAAACAUAUGGAUGGACAAACAAUGAGGUUCUUACAUAUAUUUUUUAGGUUGGGCUCAAGGGGGAGUUCUCAAAAUUAUACUCAAAAGAGGGCAAUGAGGAAUCAGAAUGGAGCAAUUUGACGCCUGAUGCAAUCCCAUCCACUUUCACCUGGUACAAGGUAAACCUCAUACUUCCUUCCUUUUCCAGAGCUAAAGAAAAAGCUUUUUAUGAAGGACAGCAAAAGUUUCCCUUUCCCUCCCAGUGUUUGGAGAAAAACUUAGAUGGGACGGGUGCAGCAACAAGGAUGGGUGACGUGGUGCACCCGACCAAUCCCGUCUCGACACGUGUCAAUAAUAGGCAUUAAAAAUUAGAACUUAAGAAUCCCCUUUUAUUUCUGUGUUUCCGUUUUUCUGUUCCCUUCCUAAUGUCAUUGAUCCACGGGAAAUUUCCAGUACCCAAACCGAUAAACAUCACCAUUGUAGAACCAUUGUACACCGACGAGAUUGAAAUGUCUAUUGAUCGUCACAAUAUCGGUUGAAGUUUCCGUCUUCCGGUACACAGCUACCAGGUCAGGGUUCGGGUUCGUUUUCAUCUUAAACAGUAUUGGCUCAUCGGAUUGAAAAUCGACGACGGCGAGUUGAAGCGCCAGGCUCUGGUCAAUCUGAGCUCGGAAGAGGUACGAAGAUAUUGCUCCUCUGAUUCACUCCCGACAUGACGCGACGGCAACGGAAAGCCCAGAGACCUAACUAAACGAUUCCCUGCCGUCCGUUCCCGAUUUCUCCGUAGAAACCAUGGUAAAUUGUUUCUGCCAUAGUUAGAAAUCCCUAUCGUCCGAAUUGAUCAUCCCGAUCUCACCGUAGAAAGAAACUCGCCGGCGAGAGGAGGAAAGCCUAGUCCCCCGCAACGGCCACACCGCAACACAGAGAAAGGGGGUUUUUUCGUUGAAUUAGAAAGGGGACUUCUUAAGUUCUAAUUUUUAAUGUCUAUUAUUGACACGUGUCGGGACGGGAUUGGUCGGGUGCACCACGUCACCAAUCCUUGUUGGUGCACCCGUCCCAUCGAAGUUUUUCUCCAGUGUUUGUGAUAGAAACCAACUUCCGUUUGGUUUCUAUAAUUAUUAUUAUAUUAGAGUACUUAGUCUUUUAAUCGUAUUAGGUUAUUUGUUAGGGUUUUAUGGUUCUUUCCUAUAUGUACGUUGUUAUUCGUCUAUUCGGGGAAUAAGAAGAAUAUUAAGAAACAAUCUCCUAAACCCUAUUCUCCCAAUCCUCUCAAUUCUCGAUCUCAAUCCCUUUAAAGGCCUAGGUCGAUUCUCUAUCUUUCUCUUCUCAAAAUCCCUAAUUCUGUUCUUAAUCCCUAAAUCCCCAAUUCUCGAUAGAACCCUAAUCCCAGGUUCUAUCAAUUGGUAUCAGAGCCACCAUGAGCUCGAUACGGCUCUCUGAUUUGGACUGGACCUGUGUGCAACAACAGAUUGACGCCAUCCGGACUUCCCAAGCUCAGACGGCGCGUGAACAGGGCCGCGAACUGGUGACUGCCAAGACGAUGGAGUGGCGCGCGGCGCUGCAGGUGGUGGCGGAUGGCCAGCCGAGGCAGCCCACGCGGACACGCGACCAGGGCGUCGCGGCGGGCGAGUUGGAGGACUUGACCGAGCAGGAGGCGGCACCGGUCAGCCUCGGCGAUCUCAUGACUCUGAUUGCGGAGGAGCGCCAGGCGCGAUUGGAGGAGACUCGGCAGAUGGAGCGCAGGCUCGAUGACUUUCAGGCCAUGCUGGUGGCGAUGCACGGUGACCGCGGGGCGCGAACGGCGAGGAGGCGGCGGCGCUGGCGACGCAAGGCGCGGCGGCCAGAGCCGGCCCGAGCGCGGCGAUGGUGGGAGCUGGCGAUCGCGCGUCACCGGAGGUGGAGAGGAAAGGGUGGACGACGAGCGAGCAGAGGAAGGAGGGCGACAACGUCGCUUUCCUCCACACAAAACCUAGGGCUGCUCCCUGGUAUCACCCUGCUCUACUAGGUGGAUUUCGGUUGGGCGUAGGCCGAGUGACCCAGGAGGCGACUAAGAGUGGUUUAUGGAGGCUCGUUGAGGAUGGUGAGCGAACUGAAGCUGGCAGUGGAGUAGUCCUAGCAUGUAUAAAGGUUUGGGCCGAAGUGAGGAGGAAAUUAGGCCAAAGUUGGGAAGAGUCAAUUAAUGAGAUGAGACUUGUGGAAGAUGGGCCAGGAGUAGUGGGCAACUUGGUGGAAUUUGCUUUGGGCCAGGGGAGUCAGCAUAGUAGGACAAGUGACAAGCAAGUUUUGGAGUCAAAUGGGCCAAUUCUUGGGCCACGUAUUAGCUGUCUUUUAUGGACUCUUUGGUACGACGUGGGUUUGAAGGAAAAAGAAGGUGAAUUCGUGGGCUUGGGUGAUGGGUUCGAAGAAGAAUCACUCUCUGAUUCUUACUUUGUGGAGUUUGAAAAGGAGGGUGAAGAGUCAUUUGACCACGGUUGCGACACAAACUACGAGGAUAGAGAAGAAGCCAUUGGAGUCGGAGUUGCUAGGGUGAGAUUUGUUCGAGUGGUGGAGCACAAUUGGAGGAAAAAGAUGCAAGAAAUGGAUUGGCCAAGGCUCGGUUUGCAUGGACGACAUAGAGAAUCGGGUCGAGUCGGUCAACCUUGAGGGCAAGGUUGGUUCCAAGGGGGAAGGGAUGAUAGAAACCAACUUCCGUUCGGUUUUUAUAAUUAUUAUUAUAUUAGAGUACUUAGUCUUUUAGUCGUAUUAGGUUAUUUGUUAGGGUUUUAUGGUUCUUUGCUAUAUAUGUACGUUGUUAUUCGUCUAUUCGGGGAAUAAGAAGAAUAUUAAGAA